UGGACCUCAUGACGCAGGCACACGGAAGUGAUGGUGGAUAGUGCAGAAAGGCAGACGGUGAAGAGAAGUCGAACAGAUCAACGACUUUCUUCUUCUUGUUCUUCCCUUUGUUUUUAUUUUAGUACUUUUGACUGUUUUUGUUUUGUGGCUCUGAAAAAGGAGAAGUAGAAGAAGCAGUCCCGGAACAUUUCCAGAAUGGUGAAUGCAGACACCGCCACCUGCUGGUAGGGGAGUUAUUUCUGUCACACAGGCGCAGAACGUACGUGCCAGUCGGCCGUUGGCUGUCAUCUGUGCAGUGUGUUCAAGUACCACUUUUCAGCCCGACUGACCCAGACAAAGCCGGUGUGAGGUGACGCAGAGGCCAUCUUUCGUCACUGCUAGUUCUUUCACGUCAUCUUGGUGUGGCUCUGCCUUAAGAGGUGAGAAAGGAAGGAAGAUCAGCACUAAAAGGGAGGUGAGGGUUACCUGCAGUCAAAGCCAUGGACCACAGCGCCAUGGACCACAGCACCAUGGAGAUGGACCACACCCACCACCAGACCAUGGCGACUACCACCAGUGGUGGACACGACCAUGGAGGAGGAGGAGGAGGAGGAGGAGGGGGGAGUGAUGGGAACCACGGACAUCUGAGUGGAAUGAUGAUGACCUUCUACUUCGGCUACAACAACGUGGAGCUGCUGUUCAGCGGCCUGCUCAUCAACUCCCCUGGAGAAAUGGUCGGGGCAUGUAUCGGUGUGUUCCUAUUGGCUGUCCUGUACGAGGGGCUAAAGAUCGGCCGUGAGGUGUUGCUGCGUCGCAGUCAGGUGAACGUCCGCUACAACUCGAUGCCCCUCCCGGGGUCAGACGGGACGGUGCUGAUGGAGACACACAAGACGGUCGGGCAGCGGAUGCUAAGCCACGCCCACUUCCUGCAGACCCUAUUGCACAUCAUUCAGGUGGUUGUCAGCUACUUCCUGAUGCUUGUUUUCAUGACCUACAACGGUUACCUGUGCAUCGCCGUGGCAGCUGGUGCUGGCAUGGGCUACUUCCUGUUUAGCUGGAAGAAGGCGAUUGUCGUCGACAUCACAGAGCACUGUCAUUAGCUACCGUGCUAGUUGGCAUCAUGUCUGAAGGUUUGAUCGCAAUCAGAAAGUUAAAUUAUUUAAGUUACUUGGUAACUGUUAUGAUAGUGUGCACACUAACAGAUAUAAUUAGUGAUUAAUAAUUCUGGUUUUGCAGAAAACACCAAGCACCUCAUGUCUUUUGCCUCAAAAUAGUUUUGAACUUCUGCUGGUUGCUGAGCUGGCCAGUCAGAGCUCAGAUCACCUCAGGAGCUUUGAUUAGCCAAAUCACAAUGUUCUGUCUUUUAAUUUCCUUUUUAGUGCCAUGACAACUAGAAGAUUGGAGCUAAAUGUAGCUUACGUGUACACGUCUUUUCCUAGUUAGCAAGUUGUUAGAACAACCACCAAUCGUACAGUAUUUAAACAGUUCUGCGAUAAUUUAUUCGGGACUCUGUUUUAUUAAAAUUUUAAUUGAGAUUUUUUUGAUUUAGUUGAAAUUCUAAAAUCAUUUUUAUGUUUUUGUCUCACACAUAUAUAAUCUUUUGUUUACAUUAAAUGCCCAUUUACACUUUUGAUUGAAAAUAUUAAAAUCCUUUUUAUAUAUAUAUACACAAUUUGUUUUUGAAACUCAUAAUUUAGGCUUUUAGACUUUAUUAUAAACCAAUGUUUUGUGUUUACCUACUGGUCAUUUUCUGUUUUUUUUUUUAAAAGCCAUCAUGAAAUGAUGCUUCUUGAAUUUAUCAGCCGGUUAAUAUAUACAUAAAGUACACUUUUUUUUUUAAUUAAACAUGUCCAGUUGUUCCCAGGCCACCAUCGUCCUUAAACCCGUCACCCUUUGCCUUAACAUGGCCUGGAUGUACUACUGACUGUGUUCGUUUGUUGCUGACCAGCACAGACCUGUUGAUAACCAAGAGGCUCUGCUGGUUUCUCUUUAGAAUGACUUAAAAAAACCUUUGUAUCUUGACUUCUAUUAGCUGUUUGAGAAGAAACGUGAACAAAACUGAUUUCACUGGGAACAAAGGCUGAUUUAUUAGAAAUGACCAAAACAAUGUGCUACUACUCUGGUAAAUCAGACAUUUCACUAAUACCUAACUUUAAAUAUCCUCUGUUCCUGGUGAAAUGACCUUCCACAGAUGUGGUAUAAUUUUAUUUUUUCUAGUUGGUUCACACUAGGAGGUGGGCAAGGUUUAAUUUCUAGAUCCGUGAUAUUGCAGGGACCUAUGAGUUGGCCUACUUGAUUUCUAUUUUGUACAAAAUGGUUAAGUUAGAUUAAAACCAAGCAUGACUACACCUUAUGGUCAAAAGUAUGAGCAUAGCUCUGUCUACACACUACAUGCUGACCAGUGUGUCCACUUACUUUUGUCCAAGACUUUUACGAUGACCUGGUUUCCAUAGACCUCUGGCCAUGUCCUGUCAGUGUGAAUCUCAGUAAGAAUGGGCUCGUUGUUGCUGAAUUUGAAGUUGAGACUUUCUGUUAAAAACAUGAAAGGUGUCUGUGAAGGAAACUGUUUUAUCUCAAUAUUAAAGUGUCUGAAAAUGUUGGAAUUGUCACAAAUGUUGGAAUCAAUAAACAUGGAGUUUAUGAAGAAA